AUGUCUCGACAAGGGAAUUUACCCAAGAAUAAGCAAGAGUGUGGGUCACUAGAGAAGCACAAAAAUGGACUCAGUCCUAAUAAAUGGUUCCAAAAAAAUGCUAAACCACAUAAAACUAACAAAGACUAUGUCCUUUUCAAAAUAAACUGCGACAAUGUUGAUAAAAAUGUGAUGAUAGAAAGACAGAAUAUAGACCUAAAAUUUCUAAAAUAAGCAAGGAAGACAACUAUACCGCAUCGAAAAUGAUCAAGAGUUUUCAUUUGCUUACCAUCCUUGGCGGUCAGAAGUCGCCCCAGAGAUUGGGUAUAUCAUAAAAGACAAUAAGAUGCUGAAUAAAAUAUUUCAUGUUUAUGGAAGUAAGAAAACUCAAGAAACUGCUACUAUAAUCCUUCAUAUUGUCUUCAAAGAGCAGUAUCAUAUUUAUGAAGAAAAAUAGCCCAUUUGGGUUGGCCAAACAAUCUUCUGGUAGAAGAAGCCACUUCCAAAACAUUGAUGUGGCUAAUUACAGCAGCAAAGGUAUGAACAGAGAUAGCCUGAAAAACAGCAAGAAGAUAAAAAGCAUCACUCCGGUCAAGAAUAUCCAUUCAAAGGUUACAAAGACUUCUUGCUCAGUUGAGACGAAACCUAGCUUCUUUCGUGCAGAAAACCAAAGUGUACGACCUCCUAAGUCUAUAAGUCGGAAUAAGAGUAAAGGAGCUUUGGGGUAUGAUUCACAAAAUUAUGUAUUUAUCAAGACCAAAGAUCGGCACCAUUACGACCUUAAUCCAAAGUUGCUCAAGUUUUUCCUCUCUGAGAUGCUCAAAGAUAAUCACAACAAAGUUAAAUUGUACCAAAUCCAAAAGAAAAUUAACAAGUCUGCGAAGGAGAAAGUGUUCAAGUUCGGCAUGCAGCAGUAUUUCAACGUCAUGGAUGAGAUGGUUGAGAUAGUUGAGAACACUCUCAAACAGCAGGAUCAAUACUUCAAGAGUUUAGCUAAAAUAUCAGCUAUGAAUAAAACUGAGAUCAAUAUACCUCCUCUUAAUCUUAACUUUAAUCAGAAGAAAAUGCUGCCAUCUGAGAAAGAUAAUAAUUGAAAGGCGAUGAUCCAGAGUAAAAUGAAGGGGAGAAAUACUUGUAAUAAAGUAAAAUUCCCUGAGUAUGGAAAGGAAUCAUCCCAGAAGGAGGUUAAUAACCAUGAAAACUCUAGUCUUCCUCGACUAGGCACCUCAGAAAUCAACGGAACUUUAGACUAUGAGUCAAAUAAAGCCAUGGACAAACAACAUUCUUUGUUAAAUAAUGAUAUAAAUGAUCCGAAUACAAAUAGCAGGAACUGAUUCUUUAACCUCGACAAUAUACAGAAGAAUAUAGCAAAUCGGACUAAAGAGGACACCAAGCUAUAGCAGAUAAUUUCAGUAAGUGGGAGGUACUCAUUUUUGGGUAAAACUAUAU